AUGUCGAAUUCUAGCCAAGCUAGUUACGAUCUAGCCACUGAUUGGCUAGAAAUUAUGUUAUUUAGAGAAAAUGAUACGAACAAAAACAGCGUGAUAUUAUAGUGGCGGCAGUUGUUUUGCCGCCUCUAAACACUCCAGCUGUUUGAAGAAUGUUACCAUGUUGGUGAAGAGCGUCGAUAACACUUUUGCCUUUUAACCAGGAGAAAUCUAGAGGUAAAAGGAGCUGUAAGAGCUCUGUCUCUGUUUUUGUCAAGAUUGUAAAAUCCAGUGAUAAAAUUUUGGAACAGCACAAUUCAAUUAUACCAAUGGUAUUGGAGUGAACGAAGACAUGUUGUCUGUAACGUAUAUAAUGUAAUGUGUCCUGUGACUUGGCGAAUGGUGGCAAGAAAACAGAAAACUCGACGGUGAGAUCGAAGGUUUACGUUAACAACUAUGGUGGAAAUUAACAAGAAUCAUUAUGCAGACAUAACGUCACUUAUGCUUCUUCAGAAUGCAUGCAAAGAGAGCCGUUUACUUGGUUUAAAACUAUUAGAUAUGCACCAAAUAUGAAACAUACACAUUAACAAUUACAAUACUCAAAAAUAGAAGCUCAUAAUCCGUGAAAGAAAUGAUGACUGGAGAAAGGAGGGAGAACAAACAGAGCGUGCUUGUGGUAUUGGAGGGAAUCAAGGCUUCAAAAGAAAAGACAGGUAUUGCUCCGCUAUGCAAGGCUAUGUGUGAAGUGAGUAAUGAAGAGGAUGAAAUAUUGGUUCUCACAAUUCUCCCUGCCAAGGAGGAAUCUGGGACUGGAACGUUUUCUGAUGUAGUCAAUAGUGAAUGUUUUUCAGAUCAUCAUCUUCAGUGUAAUCAAUCACGCCGUGAAAAUUCAUACAUCAACUUCUUCCGCCAAGAGAUCACUCAGAAAAAGGAGGUUUACCGCCAGAUUUUCAGGCCUUUUUAUGAUACUUGCAAAGCAAAUGGAGUAAAAUUUCAGGUGAAGAUUGCUGCCUGCUUCAGGCUGCAGGAUAUUAUAAUAGAAGAGGUAAACAAUGCCAAGGCCACUUUGAUAGUAAUGGAUAGAUAUUUUACUAGAGAUCUCAGUUUCAGACUCAGUGGCACAGAAUGUAAUGUCUCAUUGGUUGGUGAUGAUGAUGAAGCCUUGCCUCCUGAUCAUUUGCUUUUAUGUGAUGGAUCAGAAUGUUCAAUGGUGGUGGAAGAAAGACUAAACCCAAAAUCUCCGGAGCUCAUGAAUGGAUCCACACAACUGGAACCCUGUAUAAAAUUUUCUUUGGAGGUAGUUGAACUUCCUUCUCCAUCUCUGGCAAGUACAAGUAGAGAAAACGGCAAGCAAACAAUACCUGAGCCACUCGACCAAAAUAGAAACAUAGAAAGCUUGGAGCCACAGAAAGGAGAGAUAUCUCCUCAUGAUGAUUCUCCAACAAAAAUUGGAGAGGCCAAUGUGAUGCUAGGUAUACCAUUGCAGUUAAGCUGGGAAGUGAUUAUGGAAAUUACAAGUGGGUUUUCAACAAAGUUCUGUUCCAGGCAGCAGAAGAACUAUAUGACCUAUACUGGAUAUUUGACCCAAAAACAGAAGCAUGUCUUGGUAAAGAGAUUCACAGAAAGAUGUAGCGGCAUUUUUCAAGCAGAAAAGAAAGCAGCCUUGUCUAUUCACCACAAAAACAUAAUCCAGCUACUUGCUUACCACCAAAGUGAUACUUCAACGGUUCUAGUCUAUCCCCUCCCAAUAAAAGGAACACUAGACGAUAUUCUUUCCGGCUUGGGGGAAUAUAAACUGAAAUUGAAUUUCCAACAAAAAUUGAAGAUCGCUAUAGGUAUUGCUCAAGGCAUUCGAUAUAUGCACGAGGAAUGUCCUGGAGGCCCAGUUGCUCAUGGUCAGUUGCAGCUAAGCAACAUUCUUCUGAGAUACGACUUAGAGCCAUUGAUCUCUGGCUUUGGUAAAGCAACAUGGAUUCAUCUUGAACAGCCACCAUCUAUUUCUGACAAGAGAAGCACGCUCGAGGAUCCUUUGAACCAUGACUCGAUGGAAUUACUGAAAUCAGAGGUGUAUUCCUUUGGAGUUCUGCUCUUAAGGCUCUUUUGUCGACGAGAAUUACCAGAGGAAGACAGAAGCUUGGUUGAAUUGGCUCGGCCUUUGAUGCGGGAAGGGAAAUUUCAUGAGUUAUUGGAAGAUGAGUGGGAGAUCUCUGACAUGCAUGGAUUUUACAGGGUGAUGGCUGCUGCAAUUCGAUGCACCAAAACCAAGCCAACAGCGCGACCCUUUAUGAGUGAGGUGAUAUCCAUUCUUAAAGGUGAUAAUUUCAGUGAUGUAGAACCGUCUCCUUCCGGUAGCUGUUCUUAUUAAAAGGGAGUGGACAGACACAUCCUAGGCCUGCAUAGAAGACCCAACCGUUGCCAUGCUUUUACAUCGAAUUAACGCCAUUUGGAAAAGUGUUGUAAAAUAUUAAAAAUUUAAAAUUUCUUUUAUAUACACUUACUUAGAAGUAACAAAACGGAUGAAUAACUUAUUUAAAUAUAGUAUAAGUUUUAGAUUUUUAGACUUAUACUCAUUUUAGACUUGUACCUAUGGAUAAUAAUUUUUUACCGGUAAACUACGUAUGCUCGUGGGUUACCUAUUUUCUUUUCAA